UCACUUCUUUUUAUUCAUUUGUUGUUUUUGAUUUUUUCUGAUUUAAUAAUAAAAUGUUUUAAAUUGUUUGUUAUUUUGAUUUUUUUUUCUAUUCUUUUUGUCUGGAAUUUAAAUGGUGUUUUGAUUCUACUUCCUCUGUUAUCAAUGAUGGGCUGCUUCUGUUGUAAGUCUAAACGUCGUACAGAGGAUACAAGUAAUCAACCCUCCGGUGACAAUUUGACCAGUCGAUCACCAGGCCUCACCCAACAACACCAUGAAUUAAUCAGUGCACCCAUACAAAGUAAUUUGGAUUCUUCUCAUGUUCAUGUGUCUAAUUUAAGAAAUGGUGGACAACUUAAUCCUUCUGGAGUUGUUGGUGCCAGUGGUUCAUCUAAUCUGCCUGUUGUACCGGUUCUAAAUGAUGAUAGUUUACAUGGACCAGAGGAUCACCUUCUUAACAAUAGUAAAGUGUUUGUUGCCCUUUAUGAUUAUGAUGCUCGGACUGAGGAAGAUUUAAGUUUUAAGAAAGGUGAACAUUUAAUCGUGGUUAAUGAUACUCAAGGUGAUUGGUGGUAUGCUAAAUCAAAAUCAACCAAAUUAGAGGGAUAUAUACCCUCCAAUUAUGUUGCCAAACUGUCUUCUAUUGAAGCAGAACCAUGGUAUUUUGGAAAAAUCAAGCGAGCUGAAGCUGAAAAGAAACUUUUGAUGCCAGAAAAUGAGCACGGAUCAUUCCUUAUUCGGGACAGUGAAAGCCGUCGUAAUGAUUUCUCCUUGUCAGUUCGUGAUGGUGAUACAGUAAAACACUACCGAAUCAGAAAUCUAGACGAAGGUGGAUUUUUCAUUGCCCGUCGAAUACCAUUUAAAACCUUACAAGAACUUGUUGAACAUUACAACAAAGACGCUGAUGGUUUAUGUGUAAACUUAAGGAAACCCUGUAUUCAAAUUGAAAAACCAACUACCAGUGGUUUGUCACAUAGAGAUCAAUGGGAAAUUGAUCGAACCUCUCUCAAAUUUACCCGUAAACUUGGCCAAGGACAAUUUGGUGAAGUUUGGGAAGGUCUUUGGAAUAACACCACACCAGUAGCAAUUAAAACUCUAAAGACAGGAACUAUGGAUCCAAAAGAUUUCUUAGCUGAGGCUCAGAUCAUGAAGAAACUUAGACAUCCUAAAUUGGUACAACUUUACGCUGUUUGUACUUUAGAAGAACCAAUUUACAUCAUUACCGAAUUGAUGAAAAACGGAAGCCUUUUAGAGUAUCUUCAAGGAAAAGGACGUAGUCUUAAACUCCCCCAACUUAUUGACAUGUCAGCUCAUAUCGCCUCUGGAAUGGCCUACCUUGAGUCACAAAAUUAUAUACAUAGAGAUUUAGCUGCUCGAAAUAUUCUUGUUGGUGAGAAAAAUGUUGUUAAAAUUGCUGAUUUUGGUUUGGCUCGGUUAAUUAAAGAAGAUGAAUACGAAGCUCGUGCUGGUGCUCGUUUCCCAAUCAAAUGGACAGCACCAGAAGCCGCUAAUUUUAGUAAAUUCAGCAUAAAAUCGGAUGUCUGGUCUUUCGGUAUUUUAUUAACCGAAAUUGUUACAUAUGGUCGUUUACCUUAUCCAGGUAUGACCAAUGCUGAGGUAUUACACCAAGUUGAACAUGGUUACCGAAUGCCUUGUCCACAAGGAUGCCCGCAGGCACUUUAUGAGAUAAUGUUAGAGUGUUGGCAUAAAGAUCCAAUGAAAAGACCAACAUUUGAAACAUUGCAAUGGAAACUUGAAGAUUUCUUUACACUGGAUGGAUCCGAUUAUAAGGAAGCUUCCGGUGUCCACUAGGAUGUGUAACAUAAUUAACAACAAUUUAAACAUAUUUAUACAAUUUGACACAAUUUUCAACUCUUUUUCUUCAUCAUCAUCGAUUUAACUUCAAUUCAAAAAUCUUCUCUUCUUUUUUUUCUUUAACUCUCCUGAUUUACGAUGUUAGUGAAGUAAAGAAAAAAAAAGAAAAACCAAGAAAGAGAGAGAGAAAAAAAGAAAUGCAAUUUUCUUCAUAUGGACGAGCAAUUAAUUAACCAUAUUCUCAGCCAUUUGUUACUCCAAACUACUUCUUCAAUCAAGAACUACCGAUGUCAACACUAAACAAACAAUCGUAUUUCUAAUCUUCUUGAAAGGUUUUCUUGAUCUCUCCUUUUCCCUCUUCUAUUUACCCUGUAGAUCUUUACCAAUUUGUCUUAUAUCACUCACAUAACAACAAAAGGCACUCAAACUCUUGGUAUCAAAAAAACGUUCUUUUCCUUUGACUUCCUUUUACAUCACCUUUUUGGUAUCAAUCUACUUCUAUCAAUUUAUCACUUCUUUUUUUACACAUCAAAAUUGAUAACAAAAACCUUGUGUUCGUACGUCAGGUUGAAACUUUUUUGUAGAUCCAAGAAUUGACUUAUAUUUCUCUCUUUUCUCUUGCUAUCUUCUUUUUUUCAAUUCUCUUUCUCUCUUAAGUGUGCGAAAAGUGCCAUCAAAAAUUUCUGCUUUUUUUUCUUUAAUAGAAUAUUAGUGUUCAUGAUAAAUUUCGAAUUCGAUUUUGUAAUUACACCGUUAUCUAUGUCGACUGAACAUUCAUCAAUCACCAUUUCUCUUCUUUAGUGUAUCUUUAUCUUUUAUCAUUAUGUCAAUUCUUCAUUAUCUUCAUUGAAGUGAAAUGCUCACUCUGUAUUUCUAUCAAUUGCAAUGCUCUCACUUUUCUGUUCUCUUCUCUAUCUCAUCAUCAUCAUCAUCAUCCUUAUCAUCGCCAUCAAAUGAACCACAACAACCCAGACAACGUCGAUACUAUUCCAGUAAAAACAAAGGCCCAACAACAAGACGACCCCACCACCUAUGCUCAAGCAUUAAUCAUCUUUUUAAUUUUAUAUAUGCUUGUUUUCUCCAUCAAUCUCCCUCUAUCUCUCUCUCAUUUUGUUAGAUUUCUCUUCUAUUAAUUUUGGCUCCCUUAACUUUAUUUACAAAUAUUGUAUUCACAAAAAACAUUCUCAUCAAAUUCCAAUCAUUUUGUAAACUUUACAUCCAAAUCAUUAGCACCUUAUACUUAACACCCUUUCCACCACCGCCACUCAUCAAAACCAUCAAUUCAUUUUCCCUCUUCCUGAAAAUCACCUUCAUUUAUAAAGGUGAUUUUAUCUCUCUCUCUCUCUCUCUCUCUCUCUCUCUCUACUCUUUCCACUUCAAAAAUAAUGUCUCUUUUUUCAAUGUUGCAAGUAAAAAGUGAAGAGAAAAAAAAAUCAAACCAAAACAAAAACAAUCUUAACCUUUCAUUUGAAAACAAUCAGUUAAUCUGACAAAACAUCAACAUGAUCAAUGAAGCAAAUUAUUGUGUCAACCGAAAUGAGGGAAUCAUUUUAAUACUUCACUUAUUUUGCUUUUUGAUUAAAGGGUCAAAUAGAAUUACAAUUUUCUCCAUUUCAGUUACUUUUCUCGCUUUCAACAAUUAAUCAUUUAAUUGUUAGAAUUUUAAAUCGUUGACCAGCCCGCCAACCAGAAUAUCUAUUCACUCCUAUCAUAUGUUUUCCUUUCAUAUGUAACCAGUUUCACUCUUGAUACUUUUGUUUUCUUCCUUUUCUUGCAAUUAGUUAAUUUAAUUUUCUACAAUUAGUGAUCAAUUAUCAGCAAUACAUAAACAAUUAGCUAAUUGUAAUUUUUUUAAUUCUUUUUAAUCAGUUGAAAUAAUUUCCUAUUAUCAAAAGUGUUGGUGGUUUUCACUGUUGAUAAAAUAAU